AUGCCUCGCAAGGGCAUCUCAAAAGCGCCUCAGGAGGCCCGCAAGGUCAAAUGCGACGAGGGCCGUCCCGAGUGCUCCAGGUGCAAAAAUGCCGGCAAGAAGUGCCAGGGAUAUCAGCCCCCGCCCGUCGGCUAUUUCACCUGGGACGACCUGCUCUCCGCCGGCCUCCGGCCAGCCCUGCCUGCCGUGCCCGAGGCUGGCUCACUUGAGCUCCGGAACAUGGCAUUCUACCGCCACGUCGUGGCGCCGUCCGUGGGCGGGCCAUUUAAGAGCACCUUUUGGACCGAGACGGUGGCCGAGCUGAUGCACAGAGAGCCCGCUGCGCGGCACGCAAUCCAGGCCAUCAGCUCUCUUUAUGAACGCAGCAGUCUCGGCCUCAGCGACGGGCCCGCCAUACCAUAUGAGGACCGUCAGCUUGCCGUGACGCACUACAAUGCCGCCAUCAGGCAUCUCGUCUCGCCAGCCGGGUCGAGCUCCAAGGACACGGUGAUGCUUGUUUGUAUCCUCUUCAUAUACAUCGAGUUUAUGCGAGGCGACAAUGAGAGUGCCACGACUCACAUCCGCCACGGCAUCACGCUGCUCAACUCAUAUAACGCCAGGGAGGAUAUUGCCCGCACCUUCCUCCACCUCAGCAUUUUCCCCUACUUUUUCAUCGAGGGCGUCACCGACUUCCCGCUUCUGCGAGAGGUGGACUGCGGGCCUUGCCCUGACAGCUUGAGCCUGAACGACGCCCACUUCUGGCUCGACCCGCUGUUGCUGCGAACCGUUCGGCUGGUGCGUAUGGCCAACCAGCACCGCCUUGGGCUGCCCGAGGUACAUAGCCUCGAGUACGUUGUACAAGCCGCACCGGUCCUCGACGCAGAUCUCGACAGGUGGUGGUCCGCCUUUGCUCCGCUGCAAGAUGAGUGGCGCCAGGACGACCGGCACCGAACCACCCUGCUUCUCUUGGAAGCGAGGUGGCUUUCCGCCAAGAUGCGGGUAGCGACGCAGCUCGAUGUCUCCGAGACCAUCUGGGACUCCCAGCUGGACCGAUUCCGCCGUCUUGUCGACAUCGGCCGACAGGCGCGAGCGGCCGAGAAGCUAUCCGGAUGGACAAGCCGAAAGUUCGCCUUCGUCAUGGGCUUCUGCCCACUCCUCUUCUGGGCCGCACAUAAGUGCCGCUUCCUCAGGCUCCGUGUUUCUGCGCUGAACUUGUUCGAGACGCUUUGCUGGGCACGCGAGACGGCCUGGGACCGUGCCAUGUUGCACGGUCUGGCGAAGAAGAUAAUCGAGGUCGAGCACGGCAUCGAGCUGACGCCCGACAAAGUCAGAGAGCUGUCUGUGGCGGUCGAUAACGGCGACGACGACGAGCUCGCACUGCCGGCUGACAGACGGCGUGUUGGUCUAUUCUUCAUGCAAGGCGACGUGGAACUCUCGACAGCCGAAGACGGCACGCCGAUCGGCCGCAGGAAGAUUCUUCUCCACUUGCAUAGCUCGACCGGUGCCAUGGAGCCUCACGAGUGCUGGAUGGAACUACGAUAG